ACCGCAGUCGCCUAGCGGUCAAGGCUCCGCGAUCGAACGCCCGUGCCACAGACCAAAAGUUGGAAAUAAAAAAAUAAAAAAGCGCGCGCUCGCGUUCCGUCAAACAUUUUCAAUGAACACCGCUUGAUAUAUAUUAGAAAUUAUCGAAACAAAUAUAAUUAUAGCCGAGUUGUUAAUCAUCGGUUUUUAGUACGAAUAACUGUUAAAUCCUCAGUGCCGGUGGAUAAUGAGUUGGCUGUGAUUGUGAGAGUAUUCUACGAGUGUCCGUUAAGCAGAAUCUCCCAUCAAAGAUGCAACAAUCAUAGCAGUGAACACAAUGGGCCCCCCUCUCAGUACCUGGCCCUUCAGCCAUCCGGCAAACAAACACAGUGACAGAAAGUGCAUAAUGAACAAUUACGUAGACAGUGUUCGAGUGUGUAUCAACUUCACGUUUAUGUUGUUAGUGGUGCAAAUAUUGUUCGGGCUGGGAGCGCGGGCGGGGCCUGUGGCGCUCAAUUUGGACUAUAUGCAAGGUCCCGUGCCACUAGCUAGGAAUAUAAGACAUUUACCGUGCGUAUCAAGACGGACGGGUCAAGAAGGAUUAUGUAUGUUCGCAAUAGACUGCUUAAAAGCCAACGGUUCCCAUCUAGGAACGUGUAUUGACAGAUUCUACUUCGGGUCGUGUUGCCAAAUACCUGAUAAGACUAUUCUUCCACAAAUUAUCGGUAACAACAUAGACGAUAACUCAAUAGAUAGUGCCAAUUUCGUACAUCCACAAUUAGAAGACAGAGAUCAUAAUCUUAAUAAAAUCCACGAUCUAUUCCCACCAAAGAAAGAAGUUACAACUGAAAAGCCAGUAGUCGACACAACUGUUACUGAAAAAAGUACUACUAUUCAAGACAGGACGGAAUCCAUAGAAUUAGAAACAAAAUCAGAUGAUAAGACUACUAUAGAUAAUAAUAUACUUAACGAUGAUAUUAAGAUAACCACAGCUGUUUUAGUUGAAACAACAACUAAGGCAGAAGAAAUCAGGACUUCAGAAACAAUAACAGAAAUUCCUAUUAAAUUAUCUACUUUCCAAACUAUAUCUGGAGUGAAUUUAGCAACAGAGAAACCAAAAUUAGAAACUACAGUAACAAUAGAACAGACGACGGAAACCAUUCGAUUAACUACAGAGCCAACAACUACUUCAUCAACCACAACACCUAAGCCCACAAGGCCUACGAGACGACCUGUAAGGCCAACAUUUACGAGACCAACAUACAAACCAUACAAUCACACGAGGCCUUCGUAUACCCAAUCAACAUUCAAACCCAAACCAGUAAAACCCGUUACAACCAGAAAACCCCCGUACAGAAAUCCAACUAAACGUCCUACGAGAAAGCCGUUGCCUUCCCCUCCAAGGUUGAAUAUUACUAUCCUUCCACAAUCAACUAGUUCUAAACCAACAUUCACAAGACCAUCGGGCGCGUCAAUAACUUACAUAAACACUACAAAUACAGCAGAAGAGAAGCAAACUACCACCACCACUGCAACACCGUCAACAACGACGACGACAACUACAACAACAACUACUACUACUACUACUACCACAGAAGCACCUAUUGUAACAGAGAAAGUUACUGAACCUGAAGUAACUGAAACACCAACAUUAACAGCAGAGACUGAAACUGAAAAGCUGACUACUAUCGCGGAAGUUCAGAUGACAGAAACAGCUGAAAUAGCAAAGGAGACUACGGAGGCUGUAGUCACCGAGAUAUUUACUGAGAUGCCUACGACGGAGGUUGUGACGUCACCGUUCACGCCUGUCAGCGUAGUGCAAUCAUCGACUGAUUUCCCGCCUUUAGUGACGUGGACAAGUGCAGUGGACGCUGUUACUAAAGCACCUGAAAACAUCACUGAAGCGCCUGAAGACACUUGGUCUCCCAUAACUCCACCAGAAGGAUGGGUAUUGAUUUCAACAUUAUCACCAAAACCUGAAAUAUCAUCCGAAUCGCCUUCCAUCACAACCAUUACAACUACAACGACUACCACAUCUGCUCCCGCUACUGUAGAAGUAACGGAAUUGUAUAUACCAGAAACUUCACAAGUCGUGACAACAGAAAAAUCAACCACGACAACAACCACAACCAAACCAACAACUAGUUCGACAACUAUAACAGAGCAAACAAAACAGCCAUCAACACAAUCAAGCACAACUGAAAAAGUUUCAACUUCAUCUCAAGCUACAUCUCCAAGUCCAGUUUCGACUGAAAAACCAACAAGUCAAGCAGAUACUCUAGAGUUUACAGUGAACGUUACUUUAUCGCCUACGAUACCAACUACAACGUCGAGCAUAGGAUUGACAACCUUCAGUUCAAUCUCAACAGUCAACUCGACUCAGAGCUUGUCUAACCAAACUGUAGCUGACAAUACGACUGAAAAUUUAUAUGAGCUUGAGUCCAAACCCGAAGAGUCUACGACUUCUGAACCAGUGGCAGAUACCACUGCUGCACCGGUCUACAACAUGUCGGAUUACAAAGACGUGUGCGGGCGUCGGCUGUGGCAGGCGCCGCAGGGCCGGAUCGUCGGCGGCGUCAAGUCGGGCUUCGGCCAGUGGCCGUGGCAGAUCUCCCUGCGUCAGUAUCGCACUUCCACCUACCUGCACAAGUGCGGUGCGGCCCUCCUCAAUGAAAAUUGGGCGAUCACAGCCGCGCACUGCGUCGAACAUGUGCCUCCAUCGGAGUUACUCGUACGUUUGGGAGAACACGACUUGGCCAAUGAGAACGAACCGUACGGCUACGCGGAGCGAAGAGUUCAGAUCGUUGCGAGCCAUCCGCACUUCGACCCGGCCACCUUCGAGUACGACUUGGCUUUACUCAGGUUCUACGAGCCUGUGAAGUUCCAGCCGAACAUUCUGCCGGUGUGCGUGCCGGACGACGACGAAGACUACGUCGGCAAGACGGCCCACGUCACUGGGUGGGGCAGGCUUUAUGACGAGGGACCCCUCCCCAGCGUGCUACAAGAAGUGAAGGUACCGGUGAUCAACAACUCCGCGUGUGAGGCGAUGUACCAAGCCGCGGGAUACAACGAGCACAUACCUAACAUAUUCAUAUGCGCUGGCCGGACGAAAGGUGGCGCUGACAGUUGUGAAGGCGACAGCGGCGGCCCCAUGGUAGUACGACGGGACAGAGACGACAGGUUCGUACUCAGCGGCAUCAUCUCGUGGGGUAUCGGCUGCGCGGAGCCCAACCAGCCGGGGGUCUACACGCGCAUCUCCGAGUUCAAGGACUGGAUCAAUCAGAUAUUGCAGUUUUAAUGUGAAUAAAUCUCAUUAUCGUCUAAAAUUGAACUUGUGUGAUGACUUGUGGACUAUGGGUCCUAAUAGACUCUACGCAUAAUAGGUCCUAAUGCUCAAAUGCCUUUCAAAGGGACUUCAAAACCUCUUAGUAUGUAAUAUCUAUCAAACGCAAUUGUUCUCGCUUGAUGGAUUUGACAUUUUUACGAGAGAAAGUUAAAUAAUAAGCUGACAUUUGAAAGUAAGAAUAAAGUCGUAUUUACAAUGAUGUCAGUCUAUUUUUUAAAUGUUUAGUGAUAUUAUGUGUGGUAUGAAACUUUGAAAUUAAUAAUAAAGAUUGUAUAGUUUAGUACUAUACUAGAAUAACAAAAUACUUCUCAACAACGAAUUAUAUAGAUAGUGGCAGUUUUAUACGACGAGAAAUGAAGAUGAAUAAGUUAUAAAUGCCAGCUAAUACUUACUAUAUUAGUAUUUUAGGAGAAUUUAUAUAGACCAUUGAAAAAUAUUGCUCAACAAAUAAUGUAACCAAUUAUAGUAAAUAAUCUAGAACUACACAAAAAAUACAGAAAGCAAAUAAUAUUAUAUCCAGAAGAAGUUUAAAAAUAAUAUAUUCAACGGUUAUUUAUAGAAAUCACUAAAAAAAUAUUAUUAUUAAUCGGGGGGUCAAUAUUCUGAUAUCCUAAAUUCUUCCCUGGUAAAGAAAUAAAAUUGGUGCUGAUAAGUCCAAAAAUAAUUUAAGAAGACGAUGAAAACUAUCUUAAAAUACUUUUUUUUUAUUUCGUACUAAGAAUACUAUACGAAUUUAUAUGUUUAAGUUAAAUGAUUUUAUUUGUAAAAAAUAUAGAUAUAUGUAUUUAGUAAAACAUAUCAAAAUAUUAUCAAGAAGCGUUGAGUAUAAGAAAUAAAAACAACGAAGGAGCAAUUUAAACAAAAAUUUAAAGAACUCUGAUAACUGUUGCUAUCACAUCAACAAUAAAUAUAUUAAAAAAAACAAUACGUGGAAGAAAAACUAUGCACCCCUUUAAUCACAUUGCGCGUACGGAGUGUGAGAUUUGACAUACUUAAAGUUAACAUAGAGGAGUACAGAAAAGUAAAAUUUAUGAUUGUGUUACAAAUAUAUUAAAUUCGAGGAUCGAAUUUUGACCAAGAGAUGAUCACUAUAUAGUAUUAAUUAUGAUUGUGUUACAAAUAUAUUCAAUUCGAGAAUCGAAUUUUGAACAAGAGAGGAUCAUUAUAUUAAUAAAAUUGUACCUUAAGUUUGUGAUUCCGUAACUUCGAGCGCUAUUGCUUGCAUUUUUGUUUUCAUCCAAAUAUUGGCGCCAUACUUAUUUAUUCCCAAAUCAAUUAACAAAUAAAGAAGAAACAAACACAGACAUGUUAUUAAAUUUUAGUAAUAUCAUAAAAAAGGAAUUUUUAAUUUUUGUACAUAUAAAAAGCCUUAUAAGUAAUUUGAGCCGUAUUUGAGGUUCAUAAUAUUAAUUCCUAAAUCAAAAGGCGGCUUAUAAAUAUUCGUAAAUUUUAAAUACUACGCUCAAAGUCGAAAACAAUCUUAAUAUUUGUAGGUAAUCGUAUAAAGAACAUAAGUAAACGAUAAGACGCCAUUAUUAAAAAUGGCUGCCAACUAAGAAAUGAAACUUUAAUUUAUUUAGUUAUAAUUGUAAUGUAAUCCGUCCGUAAUUUAUUUUAGCUAAAUUAUUGUACAUACAUGAGUUUUAUCAAUGAAAUGCAUUUAUUAAUUUUAUUUAUAAAUUAGCCAUAACAACUGAAUAGUUGGUUUUUUAAUUUAUAAUAAAAAGUAUAAAAGUU